ACAUCUUUCUAUGAAUGAAUAUGCUGAUUCUGAAUUUGCAACUGCCAAAGAGGCACCCAUUUAACCAAUAUUUAUUUGUUUAGUUAGCACUUUGGUUUAUAUGCUAGCCUAUUUAUGGAUUAUUAUCCAAACACUCACAGGAUUAAGAAAUAAAAUCCAGUCUUUGAUUUAUUUUAACCUAUUCGGCUGAUCCAAAAUGACACUGUAAGGAGCUGGGACGACAUAGUUAGAGCUUGCGAUGAUGUAUUUGAAUUCAUUUACGAUUUAUGAAAUAAUCUCAAUCAAUUUGGGCUUAUUAAUCAGGUAGUAUAUAUAAUUGAAGCAGUUAGGUUCAGAGCAGCGGAACUCCUCCUUCGGCAGGUAAGGGGGCUGAAAGUUGUUCGGCUCUGGACAUGAUAGAGGAGCUAGAUUUGCGAGAGGAUGAAGGGAAAGAGGAAGAUGGAGAAACCACCAAGGUUUCUGAAGAUGGAGAAUCGGAGAGAGAAGAAGACUACAAUUUUCAAUUUGAAGGCGAAAUGGACCCCCUCUCUUUCGUCGAGGGCGAAGACUCCUCGCGUGUGCCGCUUUUGCGAGGUUUUCCAGCAGAUUGAGGACCAAUACAAGGCUUUGGCAGCGAAGAAACACCCAGCUCCUCACGAGAAUGAGAGUGAAACACCGGCUAAGAGAUUGAGACAAGAGGAGGAGAAUGCUGGAGCGACCCGUGAGGAAAUUGAGGAGGCUAUGAACUUUGGUGUUAGGAAGAGGAGGAGGAGGAGGAGGUCGAGGAAGGAGAGGCGAAGAGGAAGGAGGAAGGGAACAAAAAACAAAUUGAACCCUGAAGUGACUAGAAAACUUGGUGAUGCUACACUUCAUUAUGCACAAGGUUACUUUGACAAGGGCAUUUGUCUGUUGCAUGAAGUAAUUCGUCUUGCCCCAAAUCUAUCAGAUCCAUAUCAUACACUUGGUCUGAUAUAUUCUGCGAUAGAUGAUAAUAAGAGAGCAAUGAUUUUCUACAUGAUUGCUGCGCAUUUGAAUCCGAAGGAUGCUUCUUUGUGGAAACUUCUUCUUGCGAAAAUCAAUAGAGUACGAGGACAAAAAGCAGGCCUAUUACUGCCUCAACAAAGCAAUAGUAGCAGAUCCAGAAGAUAUUAAUCUUCAUUCAACCCAUGCUUCGCUCUAUGUUGAGCUCAAAAAGUAUAAAAAAGCAGCUGAGUCCUAUGAACAAAUUGCUCGCCUCUGUCCCGAUAAUAUUGAAUUUCUGCAGAAAGCGGCACAGCUGUACCAAAAAUGCAAACAACAUGAGCAAGCGGUUAGUAUGCUGGAAGAAAGUCUUAAGCGCCAUAAGGAUGCUGCUAAUAUAGGUGUAGUUGAUCUCUUGGUGUCAGUUCUGAUGGAGAACGAUAAGUAUGCUAGGGCUCUUGAGCAUAUUGAACACACACAAAAGGUGUAUACUACUGGAGAACAGAUGUCACUAGAUUUAAUAACAAAAGUUGGAAUAUGCCACAUUCAUCUUGGUCAUAAAGACAAAGCAGAGGUUUACAGCCGCCGAGGAAGUGGGAAGACAGUUAGUGGAAGUGAGAGAAUCAAGGAAGCAGAUCAUUAAGGGGCAGUUAGCUGGAAGUGAGAAAAUCAAGGCUGCGAAGGAGUAAAUGAAGCAAAUCAUGGGAUUCCUAAACCAAGGCUGCAAAGGACUAUUCGGAAACUCGAUGAUAGUGUUGAUGCACGGAUGACACUAUUGUCUAUGCUUCUUGAAGAAGGCAGAGAUGAUGAAGCAAUUUCUGUGCUUUCUCCUCCAGUAGAAUCAGAUCCUGACUCAAAAUCAGAACAACGGAAAAUUGUGGCACCAUAGUGGAAAGAUCAAGUUAAAGCUUUCUCAAAUCUAUAAAUCUAAAGGGUUGAUUGAGGUUUUUGUAGACGUGCUUUUUCCAGUAAUUCAUGAGACAUU